AUGUCCUGGCCCUGCCAGCAGCUAAUGCUGCUAUUGGUCGUCCUGCUGUUGAGUGAUGCGCAUGCUCGGAGCGUUGUGACGUCACCGUUUACAGGAACAAACACACUGCUCCUUGCUUUGGGGGAUGCUACCAAAGCGCUGCAAGCAGCGAAAGAAAACCUUGAAGACGCAUCGAUGCGACAGUAUCAGCAGAAGUCGCAGCCAGCAACCUCGACAAUUGUAGUUCAGGAUUGGAGUUUGGUGUGUAAAGAGCUCUGCGGAGCUGGCCUGAGCGUCACGCCCUCGCCUUGUGCGUCGGAAUGCGCCGGGCAAGUUGCACUGCCAGGGCCAACAUUGGCGCCAGCUCCUAGGGACAACGCUGCAAUCCUGAGCCCAGAGUUUGGGUUGGCUAUAUGCGAGAACUUGUGUAAACUGAAAUUGGGUGGUGUUCAGUGCACCUGCAAUGUCUCCGAGGCGCCUCCACCGCCGACCACAUUGCAGGCGACGAACGAUGUGCUCUAUUACCAAACCCAUACCAGUUUCAGUCCGCAGCAGCUGUCGCAUGUUAUUGAAGCCGGUUUAAGCCAGAAUGUAGCUGCACAUGGUUCCGAAUUGAGGACCGUGAGCGCCCAGCCAUCAAGCGAUGUGGACCCAACCGCGUCCGAUCCCGACUGGAACGAAAUGUGCAAGGUGCUCUGCUCAACUGGUGAUGGCGGGUCUUUGUGCAACUGUGAUUUAACGCCAUUUAUCUCCUGAAGGGAAGACGACGCAUGGAGAGCGCUUAAAUCACAAAAACAUUGUUAAAAACAUAUUGAUUUGUUCUUUGUUCUUGUUCAGAAGAGUAUUUAAUUUACAAUAUGGUUUUGGGGCUGCAACCAACAGCCUUUUAUCUUUAUUUUGUGUUGUGUUUAUGCUAGUGUUGGCUUUAAAAUCUAUUGUUGUUACAAAUGAAAGUAUUUAGUUGAAUUGUAUAAAAACAAAAACAAAAACCUAAAUGGAAAACUAUAAAUAUAAUUAGAGACGCGGCCAUUGCCGCUAAGAGAGCGAAAAACAAAAAACAAACAAAAUUCCCUAUGCGAAUCAAUUAAUUUGUAAUUAAUUUCAAUUAAAUGGUAAAGACAAGCAAAUAAUAGAUACUACUAUUAAAGAUAGUGAAGGCAACUAUAUAAGCAACAAAAAGUAAAUACAUACUAUAUAUGUGCAUUGCAUAAUGCAAGAAAAACAAAAUAGUUUCGAAACUGUUCAAAACACAAAUUUAGUUCCAAUUACAAAAGUCGAGUCAACAAAAUCACAAAAGGGCUUCCAGUGCGGCACCAAGGUCCCCAGCAAAGCGCUCAGGAUUAGGUGCUGGCACAACUACAAACCUAAGGAUUAGUUGAAGAAUGAAAGAUGGCAGUAGAAGUAUUUCAAAAACAAAAAACAAAAAAAAAAACAACCAAAAAUAUCAAAAAAUACACACAUAUCGUCGUGAACAAUUAUUUACACGCUUCUAUACUUAAUACGUAUAUCACUUUUGUUCAAUUAAUGGAAUCAGCAUAUCAAUUCAACAAAAGGAAGAAGCAAACUUAAUCAACAUUUUAAAAUAUUUACAAAACCCCUUUUCGUUUAAAAACUAUUUGUUCUGCUUGAAAAUCAAAAUACGUUUCCAUUGUUCGCCAAACAAAAAAAAAAAUCAAAAAAUUAAAAGUAUAAAAAAAUCAAAUAACAGUAUCAAUUAAAGUGUCACAAUUAUAUACAUAUAUUUAAUGAUACUAAUAAUAUUGUUAACCAAGAGUUUAGUGUUGGUUAAAAAACAUAAACGUACAUACCAACAAAAUAUAUAUGCAUACAUAUAAAUACAUAUAUAUACAUAUAUAUGAAAAUAACAAUUAUACAUAUAACGAAAUGAGUUGCGAUUGCAAAUCACAAACGACUCAUUGAAGAAAUACCCAAGAAUGAGGAGAACACUCGACGUUUUGAGAAACCGCAGCUAAAUAGGCGUAUUUUAAAGUAUUUUCUGAACAACUAUCUCAAUGUGCGUAUUUCGAAGAAGAAGAUGAUGAACAACAACAACAAUAAUAUGUAUUAUUAUUAUUAACAACAGCAUACUAAAAAGUGUUUGGAAGACAUUUUUUCGUAUUCAUGAAAUGGAAGACUAUUUCAGCAAACAACAACAAGCAUUUUGGAAGACAUGCGUUAAUUGCAAAUAUAACAUCACUUGCAACUAGUUUCUUAAGAGCUUAAGCUAUUAUCAUUUCAAUUGUUUGUUACCUUAUCAACAACAACAACAACAAAAAAUUACAUUAUUCUUUCGAAGCACACGUUGUUGUGUCAAACGCGACGCUGUGACUGACAAUAAUUGAACACAAAAUAAUGCAUUGAACAAACAAAGCAAAAGCAAAAACAACAAAAAAAAAUAUAAAAUUAAAAAAAAAUCAACUAUACAUAAAGUGAAAUCAUCUUUAAUGUUUUAUGUGUGUAAAGUUAUCAUACGUAUUAUAAUGUUAGCCAACCUUAAUAAUCCAGCACCUACUAUAUAAAUGUUUGUAAUUGCACCAAAAAAAAGAAAACAAAAAAACCAAAAUGGAAAGUUAAAGCUAGCACUUAUUCAGAGCACAUUCAUUGAGAAUCUAAAUAUAUAUAUAUGGCUUCAAUAUAUGUACUUAUAUAAAUGUGUAGUUGCGUUAUUAUAUACAUACAUAUAGGUAAUUACUACACCUAUGCAAAACAUACCCAAUUCACUUGACAUUUAUGUAUAUGUAUAUGUGUUAAGCAGUUGAGAUGGCGUUGUCCAACGUCUAUGCAUAAAACAACAGCAGCAGCAAAAACGAAAAAAAAAAAAACAAAUAUAACUCUAUUAUUAUCGCAGCAUAAUUAAUGCUUAACAUUAAUAUAACAUUAUUAAUAAUAAUAAUAAUAAUAAUAUGUAACAUCAUCAUCAAUUACAAAUAACAAAACGGUUACGGUAAUAACCGUUUCGUAUUUGAGAACAUUUUUGGUUUUCUCUUCUCGGUACAGUAAAUGCCAACAUUGCCGAAGAAGAACAUUUUGACAGCAACAACAACACAAUGGUAGCGAAAAUGAGCAGUGAAAAUAAUAUCAAGAGGAAGCAUAAUUAUAUAAUAAACAUUAUCUAACUAAUAAUAAACUAUGUAAUCGUAAAGAGAAAUUUAAAGACAAUUCCCAUAAAUGCAUACUAAUAAUACAUACUACAUAGCAAAAUAAAACCAAAAAACAAAACCCAUAAUACAGCAAAAAUAUAUUAUGUGUUAAAUGUUGUAAAGCCCCUCUAAAAAACAAAA